AUGGGCAUCGAAAGCGUCGUGGCGGGUGGCUUGACCUCGGCAUCCAGCGGACUUUCAUGGUUCUUCCCGGUGCUCGCUGCGGCCCUCGUCUACUUCCAGUACGAAGUGAUGGACAACGAGGCACCACCGAUCAACAUACCGUCUGAAGUGCUAUUACCCUCUUACGAUUUCAUUGUUGUUGGAUCUGGUUCUGCAGGCGCCGUGGUAGCGAGUCGCCUGUCUGAGAUUGAAAACUGGGACGUGCUUCUGCUGGAAGCUGGCGGCGAUGAAACGGAAAUCUCCGACGUUCCUCUACUUGCCGGUUAUCUUCAGCUUAGUCAGCUCGAUUGGCAGUACAAGACAGAAGCCGACGGACAUGCCUGUUUAGCGAUGGAGGAGGGCCGGUGCAACUGGCCACGGGGGAAAGUGAUCGGCGGCAGCAGCGUGCUCAACUACAUGCUGUAUCUGCGGGGGAACAAGAGGGACUACGACACGUGGGAGCAGCUGGGCAACGCAGGCUGGUCGUAUCAGAAUAUCCUGCCUUAUUUCAAGAAAUCCGAGGACAAUCAAAACCCCUACCUGGCCCGAACCCCGUAUCACUCCACCGGUGGUUACCUGACCGUGCAGGAAUCACCGUGGCACACUCCCCUGGCCGCGGCGUUCGUCCAAGCUGGCCAAGAGAUGGGCUACGAGAACAGGGACAUCAACGGAGAACAACAAACCGGUUUCAUGAUCGCUCAGGGCACCAUCAGACGCGGCAGUCGUUGUUCCACGGCCAAGGCGUUCCUCAGGCCAGCCAGGUUGCGCAAGAACCUGCACGUGGCCAUGCACGCGCACGUCACAAAGAUACUGAUCGACCCGAAGUCGAAGAGGACCUACGGGGUGGAGUUUGUCAGGGACGGGAAGGUGAUCCGUAUCCGGGCGAGGAAGGAGGUGAUCGUCUCGGGAGGGGCGGUCAACAGCCCCCAGCUGUUGAUGCUGUCGGGGAUCGGACCUAGGGAACAGCUGCUGAGACACGGGAUACCGGUGAUCCAGGACCUGAGAGUGGGCCACAAUCUGCAGGACCACGUCGGCCUGGGAGGUCUGACGUUCAUGGUGAACAAAGAGGUGUCGAUGGUGGAGAAGCGGCUGCACAGCGUGCACGCGGUGAUGCAGUACGCGGUGUUCGGCGACGGCCCGCUGACGGUUCUAGGCGGCGUUGAGGGACUCGGGUUCGUCAACACGAAGUACGUGAACGCCUCGGACGACUUUCCCGACAUAGAGCUGCACUUCAUCUCCGGCUCGACGAACUCCGACGGCGGCAGGCACAUCAGGAAGAUCCACGGUCUGUCGAAGAGAUUCUACGACGCCGUGUUCGGGCCGAUCAACGACAAGGACGUGUGGAGCGUGAUCCCGAUGCUGCUCAGGCCGAAAAGCAAAGGCGUGAUCAAGCUACGUAGCAACGAUCCGCUCGAUCAUCCGCUGAUCUAUCCGAAUUACUUCCAAGACCCGGGCGACAUAGCCACGCUGGUCGAGGGUGUGAAAAUAGCGAUCGCCCUGAGCAGAACCAGAUCGUUCAGGCGAUUCGGCAGCGAGCUGAACUCGAAGCAGUUCCCCGGUUGCAAGCACAUCCCGAUGUACAGCGACCCGUACUGGGAGUGCAUGAUCAGACAUUAUUCAGCGACUAUCUAUCAUCCGGUUGGCACUUGCAAGAUGGGACCUUACUGGGACCCGGAGGCCGUCGUCGAUCCUCAGCUUCGAGUUUACGGGAUCGGCGGCCUUCGAGUCGCCGACGCCUCUGUCAUGCCAAAUUUGGUCAGCGGUAACACGAACGCGCCGGUUAUUAUGAUCGGCGAGAAGGCUUCCGACAUGAUCAAGCAAUUCUGGUUGAAGAGGAGAGGUCGAGGAUGA